UUGACUGCUACAAAUUUAGAGAUCAACCCGGGCGAGUCAGGCUGUACGCAGAAUCGGCAGUGUGAAGCGGUAUGGCCCGGUGCAUACUGUCGUUCAGGAGAGUGUCGCUGUGCGAAUAAUCAACCUCCAUUCAGAACGAGGGAUGGACUGGUGUGCUUAAACUAUGGAUUUUGCCCAUUGAAUGGUAAUAAUCCGAAAUUCCGCAUCGAAAAUCAAGUGCAGCAAUGUUAUGGAGGAGCCGACGCCACUUGUGAAGCCAUCGGAGCUCUUGCCUAUGAUUGUAUCUGUGAUUCUGAUGAUUGUACAGUAAACAAUCCAAUCAGUUUUUGUUGUCCGAGUAGAGCCUUCGCUUGCAUUCAACCACCAAAUGAGGGCUACACUCCACCUGGCGGCGGUACUACUCUUAACCAUUGGUACCACGACCCAAUCACCGGCGAAUGCCGAGAGUUGAAGUAUCAGGGAUACGGAGGCAAUGCGAACAAUUUCCAGACUAAAGAUCACUGCGAAUCUUAUUGUAAACAAACUUGCAACCGUGGUCUGCCGUUAUACAGAGAUCGCACCACUGGAGUCAAGCAGGAGCCAGUUUAUUGUCAAGGAAAUGACAAUGGCUGUAACAAUCCUAAUUAUCAAUGUACCACUAUGGGCACAUUGCAACAGUGUUGUCCUACCUACCUGUUCAUCUGCUCACGAAAUGGAGGAAUCCCUACUGAGGUGUACAACACAGCUGGCGGCUUGCCAACGGAAUACUUUGACGUGGGAAUCCCAGACGGUUCCGGCACCACCUCACCCAGGUUCUACUAUGAUUCGAGAGAAGGACGAUGCAUACAGUUCUCGGUUCGUUCUCAAAAUUUUCAAGUUAGCUAA